AUGAUCGCGUUCACGUUGUUAAUUCUAACGCUCGGCCUGUCGGUGGGUCCCAGUAGAGGAAAUGUGUCGCAUAGUAAUUCCUUUGACGCAAUCAAAGGAUGUCUGCAGUUUGACGAAGUGCCCGGAUAUAACGACACGCCGGUAUACUUUGCCACGAACACCUUCCGAAAUGUGGGCCGUACAAGUAACUCUCGCUACUUCCGAAUCGGCAUAGUCGGCGCAAACGAUGGUCACAUUCGCUUUGGACGAUCGCCGUUCCCUUUCGAUGAAAACGUAGUAGAGCUGGUGCUCAGUGGCUGGGGUAAUACUCAGUCGGUGGCUCGAAGACAGUUGCGCCGUCGAGACCAAACGUUCAACAAUGUGCUGCUGAAGGAAGCAUCAACACCGAGAUUGCUGCAUCGAUCGAGACCGUUGGUGUUCCGGAUGGAAGUGUUCGACAAUGGACGAGUCCAGCUGACUAAGGAUGGUGAACGACGACCCUUUUUCGAGUACAGCGAUAGCCAGAAUGCGAUUCCACCGGAUUACAUGGCGUUCGUAAAGUGGGACGUGAAUCUGAUUUACUUCUACGACUGUCCGCUGAACGAUGAUGGUGCUGGCGGUGAAGAGUCGGUGCUUUUGCGAUGCAGCCUUGCCUAG